CGGGGUGGGACGGAAGUGGCUGUUUGACGCUCGCUCGCUCACUCGAUCUGAGUGCGCGCGCGUGCGGCGUCGGGCUGGGAUUUUUAUAAAAUAACGCCGGUUUGCAAACGGUCUUUGUUAAUUAUAUGUUUAAAAUAAUCACAGCAGUAAACAGCAAAAAAGUGGCAUUUAAACAAAGUAAAAUAAUCGCUAAUCUCGCAGCCUCCGCCGAGACCUGCCCACUGAAUCUCUGAUUAUUAUUAACUCUACCUCCAUGUGGAUUCAAAGACUUUCCCUCCCACACCAUGGCGAGAAAAAUAGUUAGCAGAAAGAGAAAGGCUGCGGAACUAGAGCCGGAGCAGUGCAGCCAGGAUCACACACUACGUAAAAAGAAGAAACUACCGCUUGUGAAGAAGUCCUUUGUCUGUUACCUCGCAGGUCAACAGAUUAAGCUUCGGAAUGAGCAGAGCUACCAACAAGCACUACGUGGUUAUGCAGCUCACAGACUACCUGCCCUUUUGAAGGAGGAAGAGUUUCAUUUGGGAACCCUGAACAAGGUGUUUGCAUCCCAGUGGCUGAAUCAUCGGCAAGUAGUAUGUGGGACAAAAUGCAACACGCUCUUAGUGAUGGAUGUUAUGACUGGUCAGAUAACAAAAAUUCCCAUGCUGAAGGAUCGAGAACAGCCCAAUGUUGUCAUGGAUCAACAAGGUUGUGGUAUCCAUGCCAUUGAACUGAACCCUUCUCGUACCUUGUUAGCUACUGGAGGAGACAACCCAAACAGCAUUGCCGUUUAUCGACUGCCAACUCUGGAUCCUGUUUGUGUGGGAGAUGAUGGACACAAAGACUGGAUUUUUUCGAUUGCAUGGGUUAGUGAUACAAUGGCUGUUUCUGGUUCUAGGGAUGGUUCAAUGGGGCUAUGGGAAGUGACUGAAGAAGUGCUAAGCCAGACUGACACAAGCAUGGAUCCCACCCGAGUCCCCAGUUACACCCAUAUAACGCACAAGGCUUUGAAGGAUAUUCCCAAGGAAUAUACAAGCCCCUACAACUGCAAAGUGAGAGCUUUGGCUUUUAACAAUAACAGCAAGGAGCUUGGAGCAGUAUCUCUUGAUGGUUACUUUCAUUUAUGGAAAGCAGAGGACAAUUUAACAAAGCUGCUGUCUACCAAGUUGCCACAUUGUCGAGAAAAUGUUUGCUUGGCGUAUGGACAAGAAUGGUCGGUAUAUGCUGUGGGGUCCCAAGCACAUGUUUCUUUCCUUGAUCCAAGGCAGCCUCAAAGCUAUGUAAAGUCAGUCAGUUCCAGGGAGCGGGGCAGUGGUAUUCGAUCUGUGAGCUUUUAUGAACACAUCAUAACAGUAGGAACUGGACAAGGUUCUCUGCUUUUCUAUGACAUCAGAGCUCAGAAGUUCAUGGAAAGGCAGUGUCAAGCGGACUACUACACUGAGAAGCUAAAAUUCAAGUCUUGUGAAGAAAUUUUAAAGUUAACAACAGGGAAGGGUUGGUUGAAUCACGAUGAAACAUGGAGGAAUUACUUUUCAGACAUCGACCACUUCCCGAAUGCAGUCUAUACGCAUUGUUACGACUCCUCUGGAACAAAGCUUUUUGUUGCUGGGGGUCCGCUGCCUUCAGGUCUUCAUGGAAAUUAUGCAGGCCUAUGGAGCUAAUAAUCCCUUGUCAUGUACUGUAUUUGCAGAUCUGUUGCAUUUUAUCUCUUGGGUUUUCACAUUGCAGCAGUCUUUCCAGUGUUUUAAAUAUUGUGUGAAAUACACAAUAUUUUUUUGUUUCAACUAUGACUCUUUUAUUUCUUUUAAUUUGCCUCAGUGCUUCUCGGUAUGCUUCCACUUCCUUCUUGACAUAAGUUUCUUCCUGAAAAUGUAUGUAGAUUAAAACUGGUUCACUACUGAUAGUGAGAUAGGGUCCUUGAAUUAUUGUGUGACCACUACCAGAUUUUCUGUGAAAGUUUGGAGGGGUAUAAUGUGUGUAAAGGUACUUUGUGUCAAUUAAAUAGAAAAAAACUUAACUGAUUCUGUGCAGGAGUGAUGCGUUACCUUCACAUAUAUUGAAAUAUGUUAAUGUUUUAGUCCAUGUUUCUAAUGGACUUGUAAUUCUACUUGUAACAAUAUGUUGAAUGUUUUGAAGUAUAGGCCUAAUGAUGCCCAAAGAAAUUCAUAAAUUAUUAAUAAAGCUGUAUGAAUGAAAAUUGUACAUUUUUAAAUUAUGACAUCAAGAUGUUAAGCACAAGUUGAUGGAAUUUACUUAUGUGCUUUGAAUGAAUACCAGAUGGUUACAGUUGCUUGGUGUUUUGGGGACGGGGGUUGUUGAAUGGCAAGGAGACCUAAUUAAAAUAUCACAGUCAUAUAAUUAAUAUUAAAAUAAUUAUAAUUGGAUGCAGCUAUUCCAGUUUAUGUACCAGUUAAUAAUUGCUCUUUUAACAAGUGUUAAUUUAAAGGGAACACUUUAUUUGUACAGAAUUAGCUGUGAUACGAUUUAGUGUUUGCACAGAAAUAUUCAGGACUAUUUUACUUGCAAUGGGUGCUCCUAUUAAAAAAUUUCUGCCUGUAGUGCCUACUGGAAAUUCAAGCCUUUCUUUCGUGCCAUUGAUGCUGAAAUAGCAUAAUUGAAAAUAUCUUGGUGAAAAAGGAAUUUUACAGAUUAGGGCGUGAAAUUUGUGUUGAUUGAGUUUUUGGUGCGUUUAAUUGGGUAAUAUCAUUGUCAAACUAGUUGAUAUAUAAUCUCUACUAAAAAUAGAAAAUGCUGGAAAUACAGAGGUAAGACAGCAUCUGUGGAAAGAAAGAAUUGGUGUUUCUGAUUGACCUUUCGUCAGAACUGGUAAAAUUAGAGAUUUAACGGUUUCAAGCGAGCACAGAGCCAGGGAGAAAGAAUGUAAAGGAAGAUUUGUGAUAGGGUAGAAGAUGGGAUUAAAUGACAAAAUGAAUGAAUGUAGAAAUCAUGGGGGUGAUAAUGGGGCACAUAAAGGGACAAAACCUGGGUCUAGAGAAGCUGUAAAUGGCACCUGCUGUCUGAAAAAUGAGAGCAGUGGUGGUGAUCUGAAAUUGACCAAUUUAAUGUCAAGUUUAAAAGGCUGUAAAAUACCUUAUCUGAAGAUGAGUUGCUGUUCCUUGAGCUUACAUUGAGCUUCAUUGGAAAAGGUUAGGAUGGCCAUGGCCAGAGUUUGAUGGAGAACUAAAAUGCCAAGCGAACUAGAAGCUUGUGGACUGAACAGAGAUGAUCCAAUUUGUUUGUAAGAAAUAAGUUUAGGCUGACAUAAUAAAUCUAGCAGACAGUCUUGGGAAGGAAACAGAAGUGGGGUUGGGGGAUGGGAACUGUGGAGUGGAUGGGGGUCGAUCUCAAGAGUGGAUGACAUCUGUGACAGCCUGGGAAAUAGUGGCUUGAUAUUCAAUGGUGGUGUUAUUAUCCAGAGGUAGGUAGGUCAAUGUGUAUGUUGACAUAGGGCCUCAACACUUUCUAUUCUAGUGUUUCCAAUAGGUUUUUAAAUUUCCUCAGUCAAGGAUUCCCCUGCACCCUAGUUGGCAGAAUUCGUGACUGUGUCCGUCCAUUCCCCACACUAUUGCCCUCACCACUUCCUCUUCCUUCCCAAAACAAGGGUUCUCCUUGUCCUCAUCUUGCACUCCUAACUUCCAUAUUCAAUGGACCAUCUUCUGGUCAUCAUUGCCACCUCCAUAGCCAUCUUUCCCUCCACUUCUAGCAUUCUGAAGGGACGACUGCUUCUGCAGUACCCUGGUCUGCUCUUCAUCUCUCUCUCUCUGUCUCUCUCUCUCUCUCUCUCUCACACACACACACACACACACACACACACACACACACAUUCCCCCCCCACAAACCCAACACCUCCUCUUUCCACCACACUUACCCAUGCAAGUGCAGGAGCUGCACUAGCUACCCUUCCCUCAACGCACUUCUCACUUUUCAGUGCCCCAAACACUCCUUCCAGGUGAGGUUGAUUUGCUUGUAUUUCUUUAAAUUUAGCAUUUCAUAUUUUUUGCUCACAAUGGUGAUACUCUGCAUUGGGGCAUCCGAAUGCACAUCGGGCGAACUCUUUGCUGAACACCUGUAUGGAAUUCAUACGCGUGUCCCUGAGUUUCCAGUUAUUUGCUUUCUGCCCCAUUUGUGUCCUUGCCUGUCUGCCCUUGACUUUCUAACCCAUACCAGUGAAAUUUAACGGAAGCUCGAGAAACAGCUCUCAUCUUUCGAUUAGGCAUUUUAUGACUUUCGAGCCCUGACAUUGAGUUUAACAAUUUCAGAUCAUAACAAUUGCUCCCACAUAUUUUGAACAGCAGGUACUGAUUAUAAUUUUUCUGCCCUUUACAGCUUCUCUGGGUACACCUUUUGUUACUUCAUUGUGCCAUUACCACCCCCUUUUUUCCUUGCUGCAUUAGCCGUUUUGCCAUUUAAUCACACACCAUACAUCAUACAUUAUAGACCUUCCCUUUUAUUUUUUCUUCCUACACUCUCUCCUAGCUCUGUACUUGCUUAAAACCUAUUACCUUUCUAAUUUACCAUUCCGACCAGCAGUCAUUGAUCAAAACAUUAAUUCUGCUUCUCUCUUCACAGCAUUUCCAGUAAUUUUUGUUUUUAUUUCCAAUUUUCAGCAUCUGCAGUGUUUUACUUUUGUAAUCUCUAAUCUAGUACUUUGGUACACUGAGAACUAAUGCUAUUUUGCCUCAUCUACUUUUUUUGAGAGUCACGCAUGUGCUUCAAAAAGCAAAUUUCACUGUGACUAACAACAUUUACAAACAGUAAAUGUUUGUAUUGUUAAAAUGGCAUUGUGUGCAUGAAGAUUGCAAUAUGCAAGCCAAUUAAGAUGGGACUUUCAAUGUAUGUCUUUUGAACACUUUGAGUUAUAGGUUUCUGAAUUGAAGUAUAUAUCCCACCACUGGCUUAGGAAUGUGACUCUGAGAAUCCUAUACCAAUGAGUAGAGCAGUUAAUUUGUUUCAACCAAAGUGAGAGAGAGAAUUUUAACACCUAUAAAUUGACAACUAGGCAUUUACUCUGAGUGCGAAAACCCAUUGAGAAAUGGAACAUAAAAUGAAAAGAAUAUUGAAGCAAAAUACUACAGAUGCUGGAAAUCUGAAAAAUAAAAUGCAGGAAGUACUCAGGUCUAGUAGUGUCUGUGGAGGGCGAAACAGAAGUAACAUUUCAGGUCUGUGACCUUUCAUCAGAAUUUUUAUGAGAAUGCUGUUUGUUUAAAAGAGCAAUAUUAAUUUUUAGCUGGGUUGAGCAUAGCUAUUUUCCAUAAGAUGCUACUGGUUUCAAAAUUAUUAGCACUCGCGAAGAACAAGCCAGUUCUACACAAAUCACCAUUGAAAAACUGUUUCUUAUGUGUAUUCUGAAAUCCGAUUUCUUGACAUGUAAAAAUGUACACCAAAAGGAGAUGAUUUUGAUUAGAUCAAUUUGAAACCAAUUAAGCAUCCCUACUCGCUCCAGAUUUAAUAGAUCCCAAGUGUUUUCCCUAGCGAUAUAGGUAAAAAGAUCUAGAGAAUUCUGUUCUUUCUGCAAGUUUUUUUUUCCAAGUGAGUCAUCUUAUUUUAACACCAUUGAAUAGGAAUAUAUGUUACCUGUUUGUCAGCAUUGGAAUUUAAUGUUUUGGUGUAAAAUGCAGAGAUAGGGACAGUAUAAUAAAUGUCACAUGCCAUGUGCAGUCAGCACUAUAUUCUUCUAAAAUAUGUUGCACAGCAACACCAUCUAGAAUGUAAUGAAGGUACUAGGUUAUCUCAAAAAAUUCCAACAGGCAUAGACUAUGAUUUAAAAAAAACAAAGAAUAAAAAAACUUAAAACGUUGAAUUUUUUUAAAUAACCUCUACAGGCAGAAUUAAGAGGAGACAGGGUAGUGCUAGAAAUGUGUGCUUUGUGUGACCAAUCCUGUCUGAUGCUAACAGAUUAAUAUGAGGAUGUAUCUGGAGUUGACUGGGAUUAAUUAGAAUAUUAGAGUAUUCUGGGAAUCUCACUUUAGGAAAAAUAUGAAUGCUUUUGAAAUGGUGCAGAAAAGCUUUACCAGAAUGGUUCCACAGGUGAGGGACUUCAUUUACAUGGAUAGGUCAGAGAAACUGGGGUGGUAUUCCUUAGAGAAGAGAAGGUUGAGCAGAGAUUUGAGAGGUCUGCAAGAUCUUGAGAGGUUUAGACAGAGUAGAUUGGGAGAAACUGUUCCCAUUAGUGGAAGGAUCAAGAAUCAAAGGACGGAGUUUGAAUGGUUUCCAAAAGAACCAGCUGCAACAUGAAAAAAAAGCUUUUUACACAGCAAGUGGUUAGUUAGUUAGGAUUGGGAAUUCAAUUCCUGAGAGUGUGUUGGAGGCUGAUUUGAUCGUGGCUUACUAAAUUGAAUUGGUUAAGUACAUGAAGAGAGAAAAUUUGCAGGGUGAGUGAUUGGCUCUAGCUGAGUUGCUUUUGCAGAGAGCUGGCACGAACAAGAGGGGCCAAGUGGUGCCUGCACUGUAAUCAUUCUGUGAAUUUAGAAUGAACCACUUUCAAAUGCUUAUGCUGCUUGCUGAGGUUGGCCCUCUAGAAAACAGUGCUUGAAUGUACCUGCAUGCUGCUGGUGUUGUCUCACUAUCAGGAGUAGUAGUUUAAAGAAUUGGGCUUGAAAUGAAAACAGCACCAUAGAGUCAUUCUAAGUAUAAAUUAAUAAUUCCUGAAACAAACAUCCAGGUUUAAUUUAAUUUUGAAUAAUGUUCUAAUGCUUUUAUGCUUAUGUUUGUAUUUGCAUAUUUUGUAUUUUUGAAUGCAACAAAAUUAACUAUAUUUUUAAAAAAGGACUAAAAUAUCGGGAUGAAUAUUUUUAUAAAAAUCUGUUCACGAGAUUUGUUCUUAAGAUUAUCUUUUAGGUAAUCAAAUUGGGAAGUACUUGUUCAUUCAUUCUAAAUUGAAGGCUCAGGGUAAGUUGUCCCAUCAAUUGAUCCAGACCUCCAAUGGAUCAAGUACACCUUAGAAUUCUUGUGCCUUUAGCAUCAGGCAGCAUGCAUUAGUAGUAAAACCUUUACUUAUUGGUGAAGCCUACUUAGUAAAAGUAAAGUGGCUGGGACUGGCUACUGACUACCACAAAGCAGACAGCCAAGCUUCAUAAUUUUGUUACAUAAUUAGUGUGAAAUUUUAUCCCGCCACUCACCAUACCAUAUCUCACUAGUAAAGGUGAUUAUUUUACAUUAGUGAAGGAUACUCAGCUAGUGAGCGAAUUGUGAUCUUUUUAUAAGUGAAAGAAUAUUUGGAUCUCUGAUUAGACCUGCAUUCUUGAACACAAUGUAGUUUGAACAUGAGUAAAUUUGGAAUUCCAGACCUGUGGACAAUCACCCUGUCGAACCGCACCAACACUGGUUGUUUAAAAAUGUGGAUAUGUCCAUGCUUAAAACAUUUUUUGCCUUGAAUAAAAGAUGCUAAAUUCA